GUGUACAAUAACUCAGUCUGUUGUCAUACUUUGUGAUAACUCAAGGCAAUUUAUCUGUCCGCUCGUUUUUAUUUGUAGUUUGAGCAAAUGAAUUUAAGAUCAUUCAAUAAAUCUUGUAACGGAUUAUUACUAAGUUCCUUCCAACACAGUGUUUGACUGACAAUAGACAUUAUUCUGCCAGCCAAUGCAAGGGUUCUGAAAACCUUGAAAAUGGUGACGGCCAGGGAAAUGUUGACUGGAUUUAUUCUGAUGUUUCGAAUCCAAGCAACGAUUGGGAGUUACGCUUCUGAAAACAGUUCGCAUGUUUGUCGACGAAUUACAGCUGACGUAGAAAUAAAGAAUCUCAUUCUAAAAUACCAACAUACAGCGACACCUUGUGCUUGUUUUGAACAGAAGAUGGCGCUUGAUUACAGUUUUCAGAAGACUGGCAAUUGCUACAAACAAUGGUUUUCUGAAAAUGGAUUGAAACAAAUGUGUUGUUACGAUCAAUACGGCAAUCUUCUAUUUGGACCAAAUAAUGGAGGUUACCUAAUACCUGACAUUUUAGAGCCUGAUAUUGAGGAUAUCCAUGAGGCUUGCUGCAAGGAUUCCGACUUAUGCGAAACGUUUUACGAAUUAUUUCCUUCAAAUAAUUGCACUGGCAGCACUGAUGUAGUACAUGCUACAUCGUGGGGAGAUCCAGAAAUUACUACUGUAGAUGGGCAUACAUAUUCAUUCAAUGGCCAUGGAGAAUACACCUUUCUAGAAAAUUCAGGGAAGAUGCUGCAGAUUCAGGCUCGAACAGAUUUCUUGAUCAAAGGCAAUCAAGACUCAACAUUAUUCGUUGUCUUCGUUCUUGCGGACAACAUAAAGAAUGACAUCAUAACGAUUGUUUACAACAGAAACGACAAAACCUUGAAUCUUUUUCAACAUGACGGAUCAUUAUGGGCAAAUUCCAAGGACUGUAAAAGUAAUCCUAAGCCGUCUGGUAAAUCAGGAUUCUACUUGUUCUGCUCGGAACCUUUCAGUUUUGGAAUAAUGCUUACACAAAAGACAAACAUUCAAAGGAUAACAUUCAGUGGAGGAGAUUUCAUGCGUGUUUCUUUCGAUAGUAAAAAGAAUGUCACCGGAUUUAGAGGCUUGGCUGGCAACUUACAAGAUGGAUAUUAUAUUGACGGAAAUGAAAGCAAAGUCAGCAUUAAUGCAACAGAGCCAGAAUUGUACUAUUUUGGUGAAUCAUGGACGGUAUCAAAAGACGACAGUAAAUUCAAUUAUAACAUUACUGGGGGUAAUUUUACAUACUGGAACGGAAAACAUACGAGACCACAAUUCUUACAGGAGAUUGCUGAAAAGGGCGACCUAGACAAAUUGUUUAAAGGCUUUUCAGUUGCUAACAUUACCAAAUUUAAUGACACUUGUAGAAAUUCCUGGGACAAGAAGCCUAACAUUCAAUGUCUUGUUAUUAUUGCUAAAACAAAAAAUGUAACACAAGGAGAGUCUGUUAUGGCGGUUGCUGAAGAAAAGCAUCAUUUCUAUGAAAUAAAUCAUAACAGACCGCCACAGUUCAAAAACAAUACCCCGAAUUUUCUGAAUGUAACCUUCGGAGUAAAUUCUAAGAUCCUUGAUCUGAAACUAUACGUAACCGACGACUUUGAUGAUCCAGAAGAAAUGACGUACAAUGUGGUAACCCAAGUGAAAAAUUACACAUUUAAUAAUGGCAGUUUUACCUGGAAUGUUGGCACAUAUUUAAGAUAUAGCGACAGCAGUUUAACAUUCACUGUGAAUGACACGCUAGGAUUUUCAGCGGCAAGAGAAAUGACAAUUUAUUACUGCGGAUGUGAGAACCCGUCACAGUGUGAUUUUAGUUCGUUUAAUAAAAAUUCUUCAGCGAAUAUAAUGAAGACAGCCUGCAAGUGUCCUGCAUAUUCCGAAGGCUUGUACUGCGAAAGACAUUUAGAUCCCUGUAAAGAUUACACAUGUUACGAUACUUGCAAUGGAUCUUUCAAUCGCAGUAGUCCAGCAUGGCCUUGCAAAGAUUGUCCAAAAGGACGGAGAAGUCAGAUCGCUUCCAAUAAUCAAACUUGUGAAAAUAUAGAUGAGUGUGCAGUUGUUCCAAAUCCUUGUGGACAAAUUUGUAAUGACACGGAUGGCUCAUAUAAAUGUUUUUGCGAAGGAGGGUUCGAGUUAAAUAUAGACGGUCAUAAUUGUGAUGAUAAAGACGAAUGCAAGUUACCUCCAAUAAAAUGCACAGGAGAGAAUGAGGUUUGUCUGAAUACUGAAGGAAACUUUAGUUGCAUUUGUGAGCCAGGAUAUGGUAGGAAAGAUGGUGUCUGCAAACAAACAGGGGGUUCCACAUAUGUUGGUCAUAUGGCUUUUACUAUCUCGGCAACAAUUCAAGAUGUUUCUAAAAUAAACAAGACAAUUAAUUCUGAUGAAAACAGAAAAGAUGUCCAAGAUAAGCUUGCUGAAGGAUUUAAAAACACGAAAGGGUUUAUAAGUGUGGAAGUUUUCCGACUAAGAGUGGUUAUCCACCAGGGAAAGAGACGAAGGCGGGAUGCUGGUCAGUAUGACGUUCGUGCAGAUUACGUUGUUCACUGGAAAAAUGUUACUGACAUUAAAACUAUAGGAGAAAAAUUGUUGGAUUCCUUUAGAAACUUCACUUCACAAAAUAGGACACAAAAGAAUCUGAAAGUUGGCAAUGUCGAUAUUAACCUCUUGUCAGCUGAAAACCACAUAAACAACGCGACGACUGAGGGUGGAUUAUGUAUAGUUCCUGGCAAAACAGACUGUGCCCCAAACAGUACUCACUGUAUUGAUAAAGAGCAUGGCGAGUACGAGUGCCAGUGUAAAAAUGGAUAUACACCAGCUUACUUAAACAAGAAAUAUUGUUCAGAUAUAAACGAAUGUGACGCCUUUAAAUAUAAUCGUACCACGAAAGAGCGAUGUGUACAUGGUUCCUGUUAUAACAGUGUAGGAUCUUGGAAUUGUAGUUGUCCAGAUGGUAGACAAUGGCAACCCGUUGGAAAUGCAACAUAUCCAGUUUACCGAUGCCAAGGAAAUUUUAGUUACAUUGGAAACCUAAGUAUACUCUGGAUGGGGCAGUCAAGUAGAGAAACAAUUAUUAAUUCCAUCCAAGAUCAGUUGAAGUUAAUCUACUCAAACAACACAUUCGAAGAUACAACUUACCGUGUGCCUAUAAGCAGUUUGUUUGUCUCUGCCACUGUGCUGAGUCUGGAAGAAGUCAUAAGUGCCCGUGUUUUACCGGUGCAUAAGUACACCGUUAUGUAUAACUUGCGCAUGGGCGAGCAUGUUGGACGUGACAGAGUAUCAAAUGUAUUGAAAACGGUGUUUAAUGGUAGAAGCCUGUUGUUUCGAUAUUCACCUGACACAGAAAUGACUUUUAGGAAUGCUUCCUACUACAUAUUCAAAGAUUCCGAUAAUAUACUGUGUGAUUUGACAUCAAAUGGCAAAUGUGACCCAGCGACAACUGACUGUCGGCAACAGACUGGCACAACAUUUUGCAAAUGCAAGGACGGAUAUGAGAAAUUGAAUCCAUCAGAAAAAUUCUGCAUCGAUAUUGACGAAUGUAAAACCAACAACUGUAACAAUGAAACUUGUGUAAAUCUUCCUGGAAACUGGACGUGCAAAUGCAAAAUUAGCAGCUUUGUUCCGGUUCAAGACGACAGAAAUAACUUUACAUGUGAAGAAAUCAGCCAGUGUGAUAAAUACAAGGACUUAAAAUGUGACGGUGGCAGUAGGUCAUGCAUCAAUGACACGUGGCAAUGCGCCUGUCCUAAGGGGUAUCAUUCUGUAUCUAUCAGUGAAACCCUUAUUACAUGUACAGAUAUUGACGAAUGUGUUGAGAGAAGUAUGACCUGUUCCGGACAUGGAAAUUGCGUGAACACUCAGAAAGGAUAUACUUGUUUAUGUGCCGGCGGAUACUUCAAGAACGAUACAGAUCCGUAUAAUGUAUCUUGCAACGACAUUGACGAAUGCAGCUCAACAGAAUAUUCCUGUAAGAAUGGAAAUUGCUCUAACACAGAUGGUAACUGGACUUGCAUUUGCCCUAGUGUUGGAUUUUGGAGAAAUGAGGUUUCCAAGGAUGUUGUGGUCUGUGAAGAUAUUAAUGAGUGUUCUAAUAGAUCUUUCUCUUGCGGUGGAAAAUGUAGUAAUACGUUCGGUAAUUGGACAUGCGAAUGCAAUAACGGAUACCGGUCUCAUCCAAACAAAUUACAAUAUGCAUCAAACAUCACUUGCGAAGACAUUGAUGAAUGCACCGAAAACAAUAUUAACUGUUCAGGACAUGGAAAUUGUAGAAAUAUGGCAGGCGGUUAUACGUGUGUAUGUGAAACAGGAUUUAUCUUCAACGAAACUAAUAAGUCGUGCAAAGAUAUAGACGAAUGUUCGGAUAGUGUUUAUUACUGUGGUGGUACUUGUAAUAAUACUCUGGGUAACUGGACUUGCGAAUGCGACAGUGGAUACACAAGAGAGUCAAAUAAAGAAGCAACAAUAAUUACUUGUGAAGAUAUAAACGAAUGUGACCUCCAAGAGUCUUGCAUCGAUGGUGUUUGUAAAAAUCGAGAUGGAUCCUGGACAUGUAUUUGCCCAGAUGGGAAGGAACCUACGACUAUUAAUUCUACUACAAUACUUUGUUCAGGAGGAUAUGUGUAUAUUGCGACGAUAGGUAUAGCGGUAACUGGUCCAAUAGAAAAUAAAGAUCAUGAACUGAAAGUCUAUUUGAAGACACAGAUAAAAUCUGCUUAUGAAUCCAAAUAUCCGGAGCACAAUGUACGCGUUGAAAUUAUAUCCAUUUCAAAGGGCAGUACUGAUAGGAAGAAACGGCAAACAUCUGAAAACCUAGCUGUUGAAUUUGUUUUGCAUUUUGAUGAACCAUUGGACUCGAAAAACAUUACAACUGCAUGGCAAGACUACAGGAAGAAAAGUUGCCCAAAAGGAAUAUGCAAAUCAGAGAAGAAUGAUAUAUCUGUCGAUCUACCAUUCAAUGUGAUAUUUGAAGAUGUAGUAUUUGAAGAAACUAAGCAAACUGAUGCAUUAUGCAGUAUACCACAAAAUAAUCUCUGCAACCCUGACUCAACAAAAUGCCAAUACAUUAACGCCAAAUUACAUUGUGAAUGUAAGAAAGGUUACACACGCAAAUCGGAUUAUGAAUGCAAAGAUCACAAAAAAAUUCUUAUUGCAACGGGGAGUAGUCUUGGAGCUGUUGUCUUUAUAUUGGCAGUCGUUGUCUUUGCAGUAUGCAGAUGGAAAGCAGCCAAGGUUAAGCAAGUUGAGAAAAUGUCUAUGAGGAAUAUGGAUAACAAUGACUUCAAGUCGUUCGACGGUUCUUUAAUAAAUAGUCAAUACAUGAGAGACGGUCAGAACUUUUCAUACGACAGGAACUCCUUAAAUAGUUAUAGGUCUCUACCCUAUGAACAACAAAAUGGCGGUAGCGGUUAUAGAAACCGCAAUGGUUACCUCAAUGGUUCAGCCUACGCGAAACCUAAUAAACUACCAAGGCCUCACUUUCACGGCUCUAUGCCAAACCUUGCGAAUAAUAAUGCCCAUUUCUAUCGCUCCGAUACCCGACGGUACUCGGGUGAGGAGCCAAGAAGGGUUUCAAGUUACAACCAAGGCUUGGACGCAAAUUACGAUAUGGACUGGAGAGCUCCGAGGAACAAUGUGAAUGGCCGAAGAUCUCCUUCCCCUGAUUACGGAAGACCAAGUUCACCGAGGCCGGACUAUGGUCGAAGAGAAAAAUUUAAUAGAUCUAAGGAUAGUGGAGUGGGGAAUGGUUAUAGUAGCGGAAGUAAUGAAUACCGACGACCGGAGAAGAAGAGGGAAUACUACUAUGGCAACAGACGGAGUACAAACUUCUAG